AUGCCCGAUACGCCGAGGACGUCCGCGAUAUAUUGGUCGAUCCACCCGAGACCGGAAAGUACCAGUUACUUAAAACGGAGCUCAUACGCCGGCUCGGGACCUCACAGGAGAAAAAGACGGCAGUUACUCGAACAAGAGGAGAUGGGAGACCGAAAGCCGUCUCAGUUCCUUCGCCACCUGCGUGGGCUGGCGGGCACCGCCGUCCCGGACGAGUUGCUCAAAACCAUCUGGCUAGAGCGAAUUCCAGCGUCCAUACGGGUCAUCCUGGUAACCCAGACGGAAGCCGGUUUGGAUAAGAUGGCCGAGCUCGCCGACGCCGUCAGCGACGCCUUGCCUGAAAGGCACCAGGUCGCGGCCGUAUCAACGGACUCGUUCGAGACGAUGCUCGAGCGAUUGAUCAUCCAUAUCACCGCCAAAAUGGAGGAGGAGUUGGCGAAUGGACUUCGUCAAGAGAUCGCGGCGAUAGAAGACCGCGUGUCGGCUCGCGGUAGCCGAUCGCGGGAGCGUCGUUCACCGUCCAGGCAGCGCGCGCGCAGCCGCGGUCGCGGCAAGGACGGCGUCUGCUGGUACCACUGGCGGUUUGGUGCUGACGCGACAAGAUGCGAACCGCCGUGCAACUUCCGUUCGGGAAACGAUCAGGGCGGUCGCUAA